AUGUCUUUCCUUCGACCCUCUAUCCUCGGCAUCGGCGUGGGCCUCUCCUUCGCCCUGCACCCUCUCUCCCCGCUCCGCUCACCCCCAAUGCAGACACAGUACACAGCGCCGCACUCGCGUUCCAACGAGCACCCUCAUGAAACAGUGUGGUCAAUUGCCAACGAUGAGGUCUUGAACAAACAAGGGAAAACUGGAAUACAGAACAGUCAGAAGACAAGCACAGGGAUGCGAACAGGACUGUUGAAUGCCUCAACGAUGCGGCAGGUUAGUCUGGGGAGUGUCUUGGGCUUAAUGGUUGGUGUGGGAUUACGCGCCUUCUCGCGCGCUUUGGUCGUUCUUCUAGGGAUGGGAAUUGUUAUUGUUGAGUGGGCCGCUGCAAGAGGGUACAAUCUCAUCCCUGUGAACUGGAUGCAGAAGUACGUCAAGGGUGUGGAUGUGCAAAGGGCCCUCACGGUGCAUAUGCCGUUUAAGAUGAGUUUUGGGCUUACAAUGACCCUCGCUGCUUUUGCAAGAUUUUGA